UCCAAGUGGAACGCCAUGUGUCGGCCGUGCUGCGAGUACCACCUGAUCCAGUGCCGCUGCCCCUCGAGGGGAUCCGGGGUCGGCUACACCGUCCCCUGCUGCCGCAACGUCCUGGACGAGUGCGACCCCUGCAUCAUCCACCCGGGAUGCAGUCUGUUCGAGAACUGCAAAAGCUGCAACAACGGGACGUGGAAAGCCAACGACGACUUCUUCGUCGAUGGAAAGUAUUGCACGGAGUGUCGCCCCGGCUGGAGCGGAGGGGACUGUCGGACAUGCGGAGGCGUCAUUGGGCGGACUCAGGGCCACAUCGCCGUGGAGAGUUACCCGACAAACGCCCGGUGCGAGUGGACGGUGCGAGUUGCCAGCGGCAGCACGGUCGAGCUGAGGUUUUCGCUGCUCAGUUUGGAGUCGGACCACAGCUGUCGCUAUGACUACGUGGAGGUGCGCGACGGCGGCGAUCUGAGCGCCCCCGUGAUCGGCCGCUUCUGCGGGGACCGGCCGCCUCCGCCGGUCCGGAGCUCCGGGAACCUCGUGCACGUCCUGUUCGCCUCCGACGGCUACAACAACCUCGACGGCUUCGUUCUCGCUUUUCAGGAAAUUUCGUCCGUCGAGCAUCCGGCUUGUGCGCCACCAGAGGAACCGGCGAAUGGCUAUUCACUGCCUGUACACGGGCCAAAGGAGGAGCUGGUUUCUGUAAACUACCGGUGCCAUCCACCUUUCACCACGCUGAUCGGCUCCCAGCAGAGGAUCUGUCUGCCGAACGGCACGUGGAGUGGUGCGGUUCCCAAAUGUGUAAAAGGCCGAACAAGCAGAGCCCAGUGCUCCCCUCCACCCAAAUUGCUCAAUGUACACAUGGCCGCUCCGGACGCAGCUGGAGGCGCAGAGGCCGUUGGGUUUUUCUGUAAAAACUCCUACAUUCUGAGCGGCAACCACCAGAGCACCUGCCUCUCUAAUGGAUCCUGGAGUAGCAGGCCGCCCAAGUGUGUGAGAGCGUGUCGAGAGCCCAAAGUUUCUGAACUCGUGCGGCAAAGCGUCGUGAAGCCACGUCUGAUGUCAAGAGAGAAUCCAGAUCAACGACUCCGCCUCUCAUCCGGCAACAACGUGCGCGACUUGUUGUCUGACGGUUUUAUUCCGCUUGUAUCGGUCGAGCCGUCGAACAAAGACGGCGGCGGCGACGCCUUCGCAGAGCUCCCUCGCGGCCUCCACCCGGUCCGCACGAGCCUCGAGUACACGUGCGCCUCCCCGCUCUACCGCCACACGGGGAGCUCGCGGCGCACCUGCCUGAAGUCCGGCAGGUGGAGCGGGCGCCAUGUUUCCUGCUCGCCGGUGUGCGGUAAAUUCGACACUCCCGGUCCCAACAACCUCACGGACACGCCGUGGCCGUGGCACGCAGCCGUCUACGUCCGCUCGCCACCCGACCGCACACACAGGCCCCGUGGAGUGACCGAGUCCGUCCAGCAGGGGGCCUCAGAGGAGUCCACAUUCUGGCGGCUGGCCUGCAGCGGGGCUCUGCUCAGCCGGCGCAGCGUCCUGGUGGCAGCUCAGUGUGUGGUAGACAAGGACAAGCAGCAGACCCUUCACCCGACACAUGUGAAGGUUGUCAUGGGCGCUCAGCGGCAGACAUCCAAGGACCGGCAGAGAAGCCUGCACGGCCUCGGGGUUUCAGCCGUUUCCGUCCAUCCGGAUUUCUUCUCCGCGCCGGACUCCGAUGUGGCCGUGCUCGAGCUCAAGGACAAGGCCAGGAUCGACGAGCGCGUGCGGCCCGUGUGUCUGCCCGCGGCGCCGGGCGGAGAGGUGACGGCGCGGGAGGCCUACGCCUCCAGGUGGACUCUGCCGAACCGCAGCCGCGACCCCACCAGCCGGACGUCGCUCGCGGCGUUGGUCGACGUCACCCGGUGCGAACGCGAACUCGCCCGGGGGGGAACGCUCGGCGACGACGCGCUGUGUGUCUUCGGGAAGCCGCCCGGCCCCGGAGGCCCUUGUUCCGGUUUCGUUCCGGGCAUCACGACCGUUGUCUUCGCGGCGAGCGACGUCCUGUCGGGGCGCGAGGAGACCGGGGGGGCCGCCGGCACCGGCUGGCAGCUUCUCGGUUUGGAGAGCUUCAGCUACAAGGAGGAGGAGGAGGAGGACUGCCACCAGCGGCGUUACACAGUCCACACACGAAUAGCCAACUUUCGAGACUGGAUAGUGAAAAACACAAAGUAG